UCAACAACUUCACUUCGGUCGAUGACAGUUCUGUGUUUUGAUGUUAUUCUCAGUGUGAUUGGAUUCUUAAAAAAAAACCCUUGUCAAUUAUUUUACGUAAUAAAAAAUAGCGAUGGCUGGACGUGGAACAAUUGUCCGAUCGAUUCAUCAUGUGCAACCGAUUUGGUCGACCAGCAAUGCAGAGACUCGCAGUCGGGUCAUUAAAUUGUAUAAAACUUGGUAUCGUCAAAUUCCGCAUAUCGUGGACGACUACAAUUUGCCAUACUCGAGCCAUCAAUGCCGUGCCAAAUUACACGAUGAAUUCAUGAAGCAAAAACAUCUUGCCGACAUUCGUCAAAUUGACAUGCAAGUAAUUCGAAAACAGCUGGAACUUAAGGAAAUUUGUUGCAUGCAAAAAAAUCGAUCUCACCUUCUGAACUACUGGUCAAAUGAUGCCGCCAGCCAUACAACACAACCGACUAAAUUCCUUGCCAAAUUUUUAGUCGGCCAAUAUUAAACGAUACGGAUUCUAUUCGACCCUUUUUUCUACAACAGUGAUAUUUGUUCGAUGUAUAUUGUAAAUUAAGAUCUUUGUAUAUAAAGUCGUGCCUUCCCACUAUAGAUUUAUUUGAGUCAUAAAACAGUGGGCAAAAUGAUAUCAACCCGCUUUGGCAGAUUAGAUACCAUUGUCAUUUACUGGGGAGAUAUCAGACCGAUUUUUCAUUGACCGAUUAGUGAAAAAUUUAUGAACAAAUAAUGAUAUAAAUAAAGUUACAAUUUGUAACAUUGUAUGCGGUAAAGGAAUUAAAUUUCAUUUCGCUCAAAUUAAAAUCUUUUUUUUAUUUUCAGACACUUUUUGUCCCAUUUUCUACGAAAUCAGAAACGCAGCUGAUUUUUUUUUUAUCAAAAUGCCUUUACAAUAUCGAAUAUGAUUGCAAAAUAUAAAUCCAUUACAGGCUUUUUGUUGCUUAAUUUUGAUUGCACUUGACUUGAUAAGUGUUGAUACCAACAUAGAAUUUAUAAUCAAUCGAAUGAUGAUAAUAUGGCAUUCAAAAAUAGAUUCAAAUGUUAAAUUGCAAAAAUGAGUCAUUAUUGAAAUACGAUUGCAUAGAUUAUUCCUAAUGACAAUGAUAUUUUGUUUUGUUUUUAAAUAAAAAAUCAUUUCUUCUAUUUUACAAAUUACUUUUUCAA